AGCCGCGGCACCUCUGGGCCGAAUCUGCCGGGGUCCUCCCGUCGUCAGCUGCCCUGAUGACGUCACCAGAAAGUCCCCUAUCCAGCCCGUCGGCGCGGGGCAUUGUGGGUCGGGACGGAAGUGGCCGGUCGGGGCAUCAGGGCAACCCUUUCUUCACUUGGCACCUGCUGUGGGCCGAGCAGCCUCAGAUGGCAGGAAUGGACGCUGUGCCACAGUGCGAUGUACCUGUUGUUGUCCUUCAGAACAGGAUCAAAUCUGCGACGGAUCUGGAGCAGAAAGAAAAGCUGCAGAAAGACCUGGACCAUCUCCUUAAGGUGAGAGAGCAGAUCGUGCAGGCCGUGCGGCAGAUUGUGACUCUGGCCACCGACUCCACCGAGCAGGCUGACCGUGUGCUCACCUCCAAGUUACGCCUGACAGAGCGGGAGAACUACCGCGCCGCGGUGGAGCAUUUCCAAAUGCGCUGCUUCGAUUGGCACAAGCCGGAGUAUGAAUAUGCUCUUCACCAACUGGGGCCUUUUGCCAAUUUAUGCGUGGAGCAGGUCCCACUGACACGGAUUAAGGAUGCAAUUGACCAAGUGAGUGAGAAGCUGAAGAACUGAGGGAUUGGUACAGGAGAGAGAAAAGGACCUUUAGCUUGCCAAGUUUGUACCAACAAUCAACUGCCCAAUUUCCUUCCGACAUUAACCUCGCUUUGUUUUAUUCUUCCCUCAUCCUCAUUUGCUCUGCACCAGAUUCUACCACUCGAAAUUUAUAAUGUCUAAUUGACCUACCAACCCACACGUCUUUGGAAUGAGAGAGGAGUCACAGGAAAAAUAUGCAGACAGCGGCUGAGAAGUGGCUGCUUCUGGUUCAAGUUCAAGUUCAAUUGUCAUUCAACCAUACAUGAAUACGGCCAUGAGUACAAUCCAAGAUGGCAGCGCAACGCAGGAACAUCGGGAAAUCUCCAGGAAGACCUUCUUUGUUGCUGCUGCAGCUGUGAGGUCCGGAACUCUGCUGGGAAGAACAGCCCCCAGUCCUCGGGGUCACGUUGCCGAUGGCCAUUGGCGGGGCUAUCUUAAUACGCUCGGCAGAGGAUGGUGCUCGGAGAAGCUGUGCCAGAGGGGAUGGUCAUCGGCUUGGAGGUUCGACAGACUCAGAGUCCUCUGCGGUCAGGUUGCUUUCACUGUGUGCUGCGUCUGCGAGGCUGAGUCGGGCGGCGCUGUGGAAGUCCAUAGCGGGAGUAUUCCCUUCUGCCGCCAGCGUGGGAUGGCGAGUCUGUCGGGACCCUGGGGACCUGUGGAAACUGUGUGGUGAUCUCUUUUGAACUUACAGCUCUUUAACAUCUUUGGACUAUUUUUACUGUGCCCAUAGUCUGUUUUUUUUUUAUCAAUUAUGCUGUUGUUUGCACUGUUAUAACUAUGUGGUUUUGUGCAGGUCUUGAAGCAUUAAUUUUUUGUCUUGUUUUGUCUGGUGGAUUUGGAGCUCCUUUCCGGGGAACGCGCUAAGACAGAGGCGCGAUAUUAAUACGCAGCAGCCUCUCCAGACUCUGGAUUGGGGAUUGCCAAACGUUAUGUGGAUUUUCUGGUGUAGUCUGUUUGGUCAUAUGCUUUUGUGAUAUCAUUCUGGAGGAACGUUGUCUCAUUUUUUAACUGCAUUGCAUUUGUGGUUUCUAAAUGACAAUAAACUGAAUCUGAAUCUGAAAUGAAACAGCAUAGUCCGGGGCCACAGUGUAAAACCCAGUACCAGACAAUCUCAGCACAAGGCACACAUAGUUAUGUAUAAGAUAGCAGUAAACAUACGGUCACAAACAAAAAAAAGGUCCAAGUUCCUGAGUCCUUGAAAGUUGCAGCAGUCUGCAGUCCAACACAAUACAACUUGUCUUCUGCCGAGCAAACACUGGAGGGCAGCACCAAUACAAUACUUCCGGACGGCUGCAUACGGGUAACACACUGCCCGAGGCCAAGUCCUUGCUAUGAAUGCACCAAUACAAUACUUCCGGACGGCUGCAUACGGGUAACACACUGCCCGAGGCCAAGUCCUUGCUAUGAAUGAGGCUAUCCAGCUGUCCCACCAUCCGCACAGUGCGUACAAGGCAGCAGUAAACCACAGUCACUCAAAAAAGGACGCAGUCAAAGUCCCUGCAUUCAGGAACGCUGCAGCCAAACAUAACACAGCUUGUCCUCCACUGAGCAAACACUGAGGACAGUUCUAACGUCUCCGGCACUGACUGACGUUCCUCUAGCAUUUUACCGGUACACAAAAUCUUUUGGUCCACCUCCUGUUGAAGAUUAUGUAUGCAAACAACCCUGAUAGUGUCUACAUUUCAGAAGUAAUUGGCUGGGAAGGUCUCUGCGUUAAUACCCAAGAUAUGAUUGGUGUUAAAUAAAUGUAAACUUCAUAUUUCUUAUCAUUGCUUUAAUUUUAGAUAAAUGGGAUAAUUAAGUCAUUUGAUUGUUUUAUUUGUCCGCUGUGUUAAAUUCUGAUCACGUUAUCAUUUUGAAAAUUAAAAUGUUCCAAUACC